GCUGGUCUUGAGAUUGGAAAUCGCAUGUCUGGAACCCCUACACCGUUAUAGUCCCUCCUGUGUCAAGACUAAAGUGAGCAACAGAAAAGACCAACGCCGGGUACUUGCCUCUCCAACCCUCUUUAAAGGCUGCUACCUUUUUAAGAUGAUCAGUGCUCAGUGACCUUUCUCUGGCUCCAGUUAUUGAGCUCCAGUGGAUGUUUAUAGGAAAGAAAAACCCCACCCUGAGCCAACAUAGCAAACAGACAGACCCAGCACUCUGGUAUGCUUAGUUUCCAUUCAUCUUACAGCUGGAUGAAGGGGAAAAAGGAGGCACCGAGCUGGCCCUUCUCCAGGCAAGAUGCCAGCCUAAGCUCUUGGACAAUCCUGGUUUGUGUAGGCCUCAAUGCCACAUUCAGAGACUUCCCCACCCUUCAGCAUGAUCCCUCCCUCUCAAGAGAAGGCUACCUGCAGAUUUAAAAGAGGAAGGCCUUGGGGAUCAGACAUUCUGGAUGAGAACAGCAGGCCCAGGCCAGAAGUGGCACCAUGUCUGAAUGGAGGUGCCUCGGCCGUGCCAGUGUUUUGCUGACCAUUCUCCUAGACCUAACACACCAGGGACCCCAUGGCUCUGCCUCGCCAACCAGCAAGUUGUUGAUGACGGCCUAUUCCAUACGUUCCACGGUGGUGUCUCGUUAUGCACACACUCUGGUCACCUCUGUUCUCUUCAAUCCACAUGAUGAAGCCCAUGAAGCCACCUUUGACCUGGAUCUACCUCGCAUCGCCUUUAUCUCCAAUUUCACAAUAUGGUCUUUCACCCUCCUUCUUGGCUCUUUUCUUUUUGUCCAGAUCUAUGGUGGCUAUUUUAUUCACUACUUUGCCCCCAGAGGCCUCCCGCCAGUGGAGAAGAAUGUGGUAUUUGUUAUAGAUGUCAGCGGCUCCAUGUUUGGAACUAAGUUGCAGCAGACUAAAAAGGCCAUGAACACGAUCCUCAGUGACAUGCAAGCCAGUGACUACUUCAACAUCAUUUCCUUUUCUGACAAAGUUAACAUCUGGAAAGCCGAAGGUUCAAUCCAGGCCACUGCCGAAAACAUUCAUAGUGCCAGGAACUACCUGAGUCGCAUGGAAGCAGAUGGCUGGACCGACAUCAACGCAGCUCUGCUGGCAGCUGCUUCAGUGCUGAACCAUAGCAACCAGGAGCCUGGAAAGGGCCAUGGUGUGGGGCAGAUUCCUCUUAUCAUGUUCCUGACAGAUGGGGAACCCACAGCCGGCGUGACAACUCCCAGUGCGAUCCUUUCCAACAUCCGUCAGGCACUGGGCCACAGGGUAUCUCUUUUCAGCUUGGCCUUUGGGGAUGAUGCUGACUUCUCACUACUGCGCCGGUUGUCCCUGGAGAACCGGGGAGAAGCAAGACGCAUACACGAGGACGCUGAUGCAGCUCUGCAGCUAGAGGGUCUCUUUGAGGAGAUUUCCAAGCCUCUACUGGCAGAUGUGCGCCUGGACUAUCUGGGUGGUUUGGUUGGGACCUCCCCUAGGGCCCAUUUCCCUAACUAUUUUUGUGGUUCAGAGCUGGUGGUGGCUGGCAAGGUGCAACAAGGUGAGCAGGAACUGGGCAUCCACCUAGCAGCCCGUGGCCCCAAUGGUCAACUUCUUGUGGCCCGCCAUAGUGAAGAAGCCACCAACAGCAGCCAGAAGGCCUUUGGUUGUCCGGGAAAACCUGCCCUACAUGUGGCCCACUUUAUCCGCCGCCUGUGGGCCUAUAUCACUAUUGGGGAGCUGCUGGAGGCACGCUUCCAAGCCAGGGACCCUACCACUCGCCGACUGCUGGCUGCCAAAGCCCUCAACCUAUCCCUUGAAUACAACUUUGUCUCACCUCUGACCUCACUGGUUGUGGUACACCUCGAGAGGACCAAUGAGGGAUCCAGGAGUCAGCCAUCCACGACAGCUGAGGCAAGCACAGUCACACCCUCACCCAGCAAAAGCCUCGGCCUGGGGGCAGGCACAGCUCAACCAGCCUCGGUCCUCAAGGUGUCUCCCAAAUCAAGGCCCAUGAAGCCCAUCUCAACUGUUACUGCCCCUAAAAGGAAGGUGCCCAGUUCCAAGGAGCUGGGGGCACUGAGUCAGUCCCCUAAUGGCCUGCCAACAUCAGUACAACCAAAGCCCCAAAUUCCAACCCAAUAUUCCAGUACCUUGGCACUGCCAACUUUGAAGAUGAAACCUAUUGCCCCUCUGCCUUCAAGUUCUAAUGCCCUGUUACUUCUGAAGCCCAGCACUCCAUCACACCCGAACCCUGGUGUGACAUCACUUAUUAAUUCUAGGACACAUGUCCUACCUCUGAAUCCUGUCAGCCCCACCCAGCCCAAAGGUGACACUAUGAAGCAUUUUAAUCCGUUUACUCCUUCUGAAUUUCCGGCUUCAUCAGAUGCUCAGCCUACACCUGAUGCCCCAUCAUACCCUCAACCUGGGGAACCCAUAGCACAGUCACCCCAAAGCCUGCCACAGCCCGAGUCUGUCUCCACAUUUCAGAUAACCAAACACCCAUUACACCUCAGCUCCAAAGGUCUUGCUCCCAAGACUCCCCCAAAUUUACCACACCCUAGAUCAGGGAUCAUCUUGCCCAAGUCUCCUAAAAUUCCUUCAUCUCUUAAACCUAAUAUCUCAUCUCACCAAACCUCUACUAGCUUGCUACUUUCCAAGUCCAGAACCCCAACUCCCCAUAACACCCAAAUUCCACUACCCUCCAGACCCAGGCCAGUAGUUCCUCAAAGCCUCGGCACAUCCUCAAGCACACUCUCGAGUUCCACGAGACCCAGCAGUACUGUGGCCACCUCUCUUCCUGGGGAACCCCUCCCUUCUCCCUUUACCCCUACUUUGAUCUCUCUGCUUCCUGCUGCAAGACUCUGGCAUCAGCAAGACUCGCUGCUGGGACCCAAGAGCACCAGCAUUCUCCCUGAGGCCAUCAGUCUUCAUCUUCUCCCAGAGAAGCUCCAGCUGCUGCCAGAGUCAGUGGUAGAGUCCAAGUUCGUGGAGUCCUUGAACCCACCAGUCUUCUAUACCUUCCUCACUCCUGACAAAGACGGAAGUCCACACUGGGAUGGCAAUUCUGAGAGAAUCCUGGGAGGAACUGAACAUGAUAUGGACUCUAAGGAAAGUUCCGCGGAGCUAGUAAAAGGCACAUUGCCAGGCAUCUUCACCUUCUGGUCCUUUGUGGAUGGGGAUCCCCACUUUGUGGUCCACAUUCCUCACUCAGGAGAAAAGAUCUGCUUCACACUGGAUGGGCGCCCAGGGGACCUACUGCAACUCAUAGAGGACCCUAAGACAGGGUUACACGUGAGUGGCAAGUUGCUUGGAGCACCGCCAAGACCAGGUCACGAGGACCAGACCCGUACAUACUUCCAGAUCAUCACAAUCACUUCAGAUAAACCCCGGGCCUACACUAUUACAGUAAACCGCAGUUCCAUAUCUGUGCAAGGUGAGGGCACCUUGAUCUUACCCUGGAAUCAGCCUACUCUGGUGAAGAAGCCCCAGCUGAAGCUCCAUGUGGCCUCUGCAACCCAUCUCACCCUCCAACUUGGGCGCCACCUCAACUUCCUCAUCCUUCGUCACCAAUACAGACACCCCAGCAUACUACAACUACCCCAUUUGGGGUUUUAUGUGGCCAAUGGCUCAGGCCUCAGCCCCUCAGCCCGUGGCCUGAUGGGACAGUUUCAGCACCCAAGCAUCCGGCUGGUAACAGGACCUACUGGGUCUUAUUUACAAAAGCACCAUGGCCCAGAUGUGCCAGUGGUACUAGGCAAGAAACUGCUGAAAGAGUCACCAAGGCUUCGUCCACGCUGGACUUCAUGCUGGCUGGUGAAACGCUCUCAUGUCGAACAGCUGCUGGGCCAGCCCUACCUUGCCUAUGUUCUGUGAUGACACCUGUACCUAGAGUCAGGAGAUAUGAAAUUUGGAGAUCCAGUGACCAGGGCAUGGAGUCAACCAGGACACAGGCCUGGGUCCAUGGAGGUGCACAUAAAGACUGCAUAUGCAUGUGCUAAGGGACAAAUACGCCAGGAAGCACAGAGAUAAGAGCUUUAGUAGUCUCACCUCGUAGUUCUUGUUUAUACUCUCUGCUCCCUCCAGGUUCAUAUUAGCCCUGGAAGUGAUUUCCUUUUUUAUUGUUUGAGAAUUUCACACAUGUAUACAAUGGAUUUUGAUCUCACCAACACCCCACCACAUCCCUGUCUAUUCCUCCCAGAAUCCAUCAUCCCACCUCCACCUCGCCCUCCCAUUCAUUUUCUCUUUUCCUAGCCCCCAGACUGUCUUUCUUACAAGCAAAGCCUCGCUGGGUCACCAGUUCUGCUCAUAGCAUUCCCGUAUUUCUAGUGUACUCAUAGCUCUUGGAUUUACCUAAUAAGCUAUGAUCAACCCCACCGUUGGACUUCUAUAUGUAUUCACCUUCUGUGAGGGAUACUUUCUUUAUCUAGGUAAACUUGAUUCAUCUUUCAAGUCUUAGUUGUUCCUUCUCCUAGAAGACAUUCCCUGGGCCUUCCAUGAGGUUGAGUUUGGCACCUGCAUUAAGUCCUGUCCAAUCUCAGCACUUUCCAUACUGUGUAAUAAUCAUCUGGAUCCUGGCUAAGCCUGUAAG